GAAACAAAGAGAGAGAUGAAUACUAAUUUGAGUUCCUUCUUGAUCUCUAUAGUAGUCUUUGGAUCACUUCUAGGAGUUUGUCAUGGAGGGGAGUUGAGAAAACAUUUUUACAAGGAUAGUUGUCCCCUGGCUGAGGACAUUGUGAAGGAAAUCAUUUGGAAACGUGUGGCAAGCAAUUCAACUUUGCCUGCCAAGUUUCUGAGGAUGCAUUUUCAUGAUUGUUUUGUCAGGGGUUGCGAUGCCUCUAUAUUGCUAGACUCUACAGCAAAUAACCAGGCUGAGAAGGCAGCAAUUCCAAACCUAUCUCUGGGAGGAUUCGAUGUAAUAGAUGAGGUGAAGACAGAGUUAGAGAAGACCUGUCCUGGAGUAGUUUCUUGUGCAGAUAUCAUUGCUUUGGCUGCUAGAGACUCGGUUUCCUACCAAUUUCAGAGGCCAAUCUGGGAAGUACUUACCGGAAGAAGGGAUGGAAGCAUAUCACAUAAGUCAGACUCAGAGGUCCGCGCCAACAAUAUCCCAUCACCACUCUUCGAUUUCAGUAGCCUAAAACAAUCUUUUGCUAACAAAGGUCUCACAGUUCAUGAUCUUGUUGUUUUAUCAGGUGGACAUACAAUUGGUGUUGGGCAUUGCAAUUUCUUCAGCAACAGGCUAUACAAUUUCACAGGAAAAAAUGAUGCAGAUCCUUCUCUAAACUCGACCUAUGCUGCUUUCUUGAAAACCCAAUGCAAAAGCCUCUCAAACAAAAUAACUAUCGUACCAAUGGAUCCUGGAAGCCCCCUAUCCUUUGACAACAACUACUUCAAAAACUUGAAGCUGAAUCAAGGUCUUUUCCAAUCUGAUGCUGCACUUUUAACCAACAAUGAAGCUACCAAUACUGUCGAUGAGCUGCUUGACUCUCAAGAUUUUUUCACGGAGUUUGGUCAAUCGAUGAAGAGGAUGGGAGCCAUUCAUGUGCUUACAGGAAGUUCGGGAGAGAUUAGGAAGAAGUGUAAUGUGGUUAAUUCUCAUUUACUCGGAGAAAGAAGACCAUUACCUCUAUUUAAGGAUGCAAUGCUUGUGUUGGAAAAGUAUGUAGUAGAGCAAAGAAACAAAGAGAGAGAGAUGAAUACUAAUUUGAGUUCCUUCUUUAUCUUUAUAGCAGUGUUUGGGCUUCUAGGAGUUUGUCAUGGACAGUUGAGAAUGCAUUUUUAUGAGGAGUGUUGUCCCCAUGCUGAGGAAAUUGUGAAGGAAAUCAUAUGGAACCGUGUGGCAAGCAAUUCAACUUUGCCUGCCAAGUUUCUGAGGAUGCAUUUUCAUGAUUGUUUCGUCAGGGGUUGUGAUGGCUCUGUACUGAUAGACUCUACCCCAAAUAACCAGGCUGAGAAGGCAGCAAUUCCAAACCUAUCUCUGGGAGGAUUCGAUGUAAUAGAUGAGGUGAAGACAGAGUUAGAGAAGACUUGUCCUGGAGUAGUUUCUUGUGCAGAUAUCGUUGCUUUGGCUGCUAGAGACUCAGUUUCCUACCAAUUUCAGAGGCCAAUUUGGGAUGUACUUACCGGUAGAAGGGAUGGAAUCAUAUCGCGCCAGUCAGAGGCCCUUGCCAACAUCCCAUCACCAUUCUUUAAUUUCGCCACCCUGAAACAAUCUUUUGCUAACAAAAGCCUCACAGUUCAUGAUCUUGUUGUUUUAUCAGGUGGACAUACAAUUGGUGUUGGGCAUUGCAAUUUCUUCAGCAACAGGCUAUACAAUUUCACAGGAAAAAAUGAUGAAAAUGAUGAAGAUCCUUCUCUAAACUCAACCUAUGCUGCUUUCUUGAAAACCCAAUGCAAAAGCCUCUCAAACAAUGUAACUUUUGUGCCAAUGGAUCCUGGAAGCCCCCUAUCCUUUGACAACAAUUAUUUCAACAUCUUGAAGCAAAAGGAAGGUCUUUUCCAAUCUGAUGCUGCACUUUUAACCGACAGUGAAGCUACCUACAAUGUCAAUGAGCUGCUUAACUCUCAGAAUUUUUUCACGGAGUUUGCUCAAUCGAUUAUGAGGAUGGGAGCCAUUCAAGUGCUUACAGGAAGUUCAGGAGAAAUUAGGAAGAAGUGUAGUGUGGUGAAUCCUUGAGAGCUAGUUGGUUUAUAAGUGUGACAAAUAAGUUAUUAUUCACUUUUUGUGGUAUUAUGAAUAAUUUUGUUGAUGUACUUGUUAUUGGUUUGUAAGUGUGACAAAUAAGUUAUUAUUCACUUGGUAGGGAGAACUACGGUUCGAUCCCCCGCAAGCCCGUUGGGAGGAGUUUAAAACCUUAACCCCGGGACCCGCUCCGAAACCGGAUUAGUCGGCCCAGUGGGUUCGGAUACCGGUUGGGAAACCAAAAAAAAAAAAAAAAAAAAAAAAUGAAUAAUUUUGUUGAUGUACUUGUUAUGGACUCAUCGUAAGGCCAAGCAAGAUUAUCUAUCAAUAAAAAUCUUAUCUCACUUUAUGUA